CCUUGCGCAGCCUACAGAUGUGUAUGUGUGUGUGGGCACCAGUAAACAUAGCAGCGCUGCUUCAGAUAAACUCCAAACAGCUCUAGCCUUGUCAGUGAGAGCACAGGGUUUGUUGGAGUUUUCUUUUUUUUUUCUUUCUUUUUUUUCUGGGAUGUGAAUUUAAAUCCUCAUAGCCUGGAUUGGAUUAUUAUUUUUUCCCCCCGUUGUGAACCCCAAUUUAAGAGGAUACCUGUUACUUUCCGUUUUUUGGUUGAUUAUAGAGAGCACCAUCCCAGGUGUGAGGAGGGCGCAGUAUGAGCCAAGCGGCAGAAGUGUGAGGGAGGCCGCGUCCAGAAGGAUAAGCACCCUGUCCCGUUUUGCUCCUUAGAGGAACGGAAAGCGUUGGUUAUCGGCUUCAGGAGAAGGGACCAGAGCCCUGGAUUAAUGUGUAUACAGGCUCGACAAGGGAGCAGAGGAUUCUGGUUUACCUGAAGACCUGGAGUACACAAGCGAACAGGCCCGGAUUGAGCCUGUGGCACGGGGGGAUUGGCAUGGCUCAGACCAGCUUUGUGUCAACUCAUCAUGCCUGUCGGGCCUGAUUGCAGAAAGGAGCCUUUGCUAAAGCUCACCCCGUCGUACACACGGAUCACUAUACAACACCCCAGAAAUCUAAUUUGCAGUUAUGGCUGUUGAGCUCGACAAUUUCAACACCCAUUAGGAUUUUUAAUAUCACCUGUGAGCGCAUUCUUUGUCAGUGAGAGGGGAUGCUUUUUCUACAGGCUUAUCUUCCAUGGUAAAGGCAUUGAAAGCAUGAGCCUCUGACAACACAGAGGAGGUCAUCGUCCAAACAAGGAUCAGCUCAGCAAACACUGACCAGGUCAGGAUAUCACCAGAAACCCCUCGGACAAACUUUUCCUUUCAGAGAGGAUAAGAGUGAAUUCAAGAGGAAAUCUUGAUUGGAUUUUUGGUGGCUGGAGAGGAUUUACCACGUCGUAUAAAUCAGGGGCUCUUGAGUGAUUAGACUGCCAGGCAACACAGCUUCAAGAUGGUGCGUCAAUGCAAGGCCUUUAUCCUCUUCCUCAUCAGGAUCGGGCUGCUGCUGGGUCUUGCUAACCCCCUGGUGACCUCCGCCUCAUGUCCCUCAGCUUGCCGCUGUGAUGGAACCUUCAUCUACUGUAAUGACCGUGGCCUGACUUCCAUCCCUACUGGUCUACCCCAGGAUGCUACAGUGCUCUUUCUGCAAAACAAUCGCAUCAAGAGUUCAGGCAUUCCCACCGAGCUCCGCAGGCUCUCAAAUGUGGAGAAGAUCUACCUUUACUGCAACAAUCUGGAUGAGUUCCCCACCAACCUUCCCCUUGGGCUAAAAGAGCUUCACCUUCAGGAGAACAACGUUCGGAUGAUUACCCACGCCUCUUUAGCCCAAAUUCCCUACAUUGAAGAACUGCACCUGGAUGAUAACUCUGUAUCAGCAGUCAGCAUAGAGGAGGGGGCCUUCAGAGACAGUAAUCACCUGAGACUGCUUUUUCUCUCCAGAAACCACCUAAGUACCAUCCCUUCAGGCCUACCCAUGAGCAUUGAGGAGCUGCGCUUUGAUGACAACCGCAUCUCUUCCAUCUCAGAGCAGUCGCUGCAAGAUCUCAUCAACCUGAAGCGAUUAAUCCUGGAUGGUAACCUGCUCAACAACCGCGGGAUCGGGGAGAUGGCUUUCAUCAACCUGAUCAACCUGACUGAGCUCUCGCUAGUGAGAAACUCCUUGACAUCACCGCCAGCCAACUUGCCAGGCACCAGUUUGGAGAAGCUGCAGCUACAAGAUAAUCACAUCAAUCGGGUCCCACCUGGGGCUUUUGCCUUCCUUAGGCAGCUGUAUCGCCUGGACCUGUCUGGCAACAACCUGAGCAGCCUCCCUCAGGGUGUAUUUGAAGAUCUGGACAAUCUCACACAGCUCUUGCUACGCAACAACCCCUGGCAAUGCACUUGCAGGAUGAAAUGGGUGCGUGAUUGGCUGCGGUCAUUGCCAUCUAAGGUGAAUGUACGUGGCUUCAUGUGCCAGGGUCCUGAUAAGGUCAAAGGCAUGGCAAUUAAAGAUCUCACUACGGACAUGUUUGACUGCACAGAUUCAGAGCUCAGCCCCACGUAUGAGACAAGCACAGUCUCCAACACUUUACGCCCCUCACAGCCCCAGUGGCCCUUGUUUGUGACUAAAAGGCCUGUAGUAAAAGGGCCUGACAUCGGUAAGAAUUACCACAGCACUACCACCUCUUCAGGCAGAAAGAUCAUCACCAUCAGUGUGAAGUCAAGUAGUGCAGAUACAAUACACAUAUCAUGGAGGGUGUCACAGCCCAUGACUGCCCUGCGGCUCAGCUGGCUAAAGCUGGGACACAGCCCUGCCUUUGGCUCCAUCACUGAGACCAUUGUGCAGGGGGAGAGGAAGGAGUACCUGCUCACUGCGCUGGAGCCAGAGUCUUCCUAUAGGAUAUGCAUGGUUCCCAUGGAGACCAGCAACAUUUACCUGUCAGACGAGACCCCCGUGUGCAUAGAGACAGAGACUGGUUCUCACAAAUCAUACAACCCGACCACAACUUUAAACAGAGAGCAGGAGAAAGAGCCUUACAAAAAUUCCAGUCUGCCUUUGGCUGCCAUCAUUGGAGGGGCUGUGGCUCUUUUGGCAAUAAUCAUGUUGGCACUGGUGUGUUGGUAUGUCCACAGGAACGGUUCACUUUUUUCCAGAAACUGCACCUACAACAAAGGCCGUCGGAGAAAGGAUGACUAUGCUGAGGCUGGCACUAAGAAGGACAACUCCAUCCUAGAAAUACGAGAGACUUCUUUUCAAAUGAUACCUAUAAAUCACCUGCCUGUGUCCAAGGAGGAGUUUGUGAUACACACGAUUUUCCCACCUAAUGGCCUGAGUUUAUACAAAAGCCCACAUAGCGAGAACAACAUUAACAACAGGAGCUACAGAGACAGUGGAAUACCAGAUUCAGACCAUUCCCAUUCAUGAUAUUGCGCAUGGCCAUUAAUGAUGAGUGCGCGACUUAAACAGAGUGGCAAGACUUUUACAAAACACUGGAUCUAUAAGACUAAGGAAGCAAUGUUCUGUACAUUUGCCAUAUAAUUUAUAUUUAAGGACAUUUUAUGAAGACGGAGAACGCUCCAGUUGCAGGCCAUCACUGAACCAUCAGUGGGUAUUGUAACUAACUGCAAUUCUAUAUUUUAGGGAUUUGUAGUAAUUUGUACUGUAUUUCCUUUGCUUAAGGUUAUCGACCAACUAAAAGAAACUCUGUGUUCUACUGAGAUUUGAUGACUUGUCAACUGUGAAAGUGGGUUUUCAUUGCUGUGUUGAACAAUCAGACCUUAGAAAACCUUGUAGUAUAAGCACAGGUCAUUCUUUUAACUUUGUGGCUGUCUGAAAAACAAAAAGGCAAAAAAAUGACAUGAAGUAAAACUGACGCACAGCUGAUCAACUAAUUCGCAAAGCAGGCAUGUUGCCCUCUAAAAAAAAAAAAAAAAAACCUGUCAGCAACCGUCUCCACAUAUGAUGGACCAAGA